CUCGCGGACCGGGGCUGGGCCGGGCUCUGACCGCGCUCCCCGAGCUCUACUCGCUGUCCCCGGGCCCUGCCCGGGCUCCCCACGAUCGGGCGAUGCUCUGAGGACUCUGAACGUCAUCCCCUGCCGCUCCCCUGGGCCAGGCGAUACUCCCCGGGCUCUGCCCGCGGUCCUCAGGUCGCUGCAGGUUUCCUGUUCACCCAUCUCUUCCCCGACUCUGGUUCGGUUUGACCCGUUUGGCGUGUGAGGGGAGCUCGCUCCUGGACUCCCAAACCUUCCAGGGCUUUGGCGGGAGGGCUAUUCGGAGUCCCCAGACCUGGAGUUUGAGUAUGCAGAUACUGAUAAAUGGGCAGCAGAACUCUCUGAACUCUACAGCUACACAGAAGGGCCAGAGUUCCUGCUCAACCGCAAGUGCUUUGAAGAGGACUUCAGGAUCCAUGUGCGGGAUAAGAAAUGGACCGAACUGGACAAGAACCAGCAGCGCACCCAUGCCAUGCGGCUUCUCGAUGGGUUGGAGGUCACCGCGCGGGAGAAGAGGCUAAGGGUUGCCCGAGCCAUCCUUUAUGUUGCCCAAGGCACGUUCGGGGAGUGUGGCUCUGAGGCUGAGGUGCAGGCUUGGAUGAGGUACAACAUCUUCCUCUUGCUGGAAGUGGGGACAUUCAAUGCUUUGGUGGAGCUGCUGAACAUGGAGAUUGAUAACAGCGCAGCGUGCAGCAGUGCUGUGAGAAAGCCGGCAAUCUCCCUGGCUGACAGCACGGACCUGAGGGUGUUGCUGAACAUCAUGUACCUGAUCAUGGAGACGGUUCGGCAGGAGGCUGAGGGGGACAAGCCCGAGUGGAAGAGCAUGAGACAGACCUUCCGAGCGGAGCUGGGAGCCCCUCUGUACAACAAUGAGCCCUUCUCCGUCAUGCUGUUUGGGAUGGUGACCAAGUUCUGCAGUGGCCAUGCUCCGCACUUCCCCAUGAAGAAGGUGCUACUCUUGCUCUGGAAGACAGUGCUGUGCACACUGGGGGGCUUUGAGGAGCUCCAGAGCAUGAUGGCAGAGAAGCGGGAGAUCCUGGGACUCCCGCCACUCCCGGAGGACAGCAUUAAAGUGAUCCGCAACAUGCGAGCUGCCUCUCCGCCCGCCUCCGCCUCUGACCUGAUCGAGCAGCAGCAGAAGCGAGGCCGCCGGGAGCACAAGGCCUUGAUUAAGCAGGAUAACCUCGAUGCCUUUAACGAGCGAGACCCUUACAAAGCUGACGACUCCCGUGAGGAAGAAGAGGAAAAUGAUGAUGACAACAGCCUGGAAGGAGAAGCUUUCCCCCUUGAACGGGAUGAAGUGAUGCCUCCACCCACCCAGCAUCCCCCCAGUGACCGCAUCACCUGUCCCAAGGGGCUGCCCUGGGCUCCCAAGGUCCGAGAGAAGGAUAUUGAAAUGUUCCUGGAGUCCAGUCGCAGCAAGUUCAUCGGCUACACGCUAGGCAGUGACACCAACACCGUGGUGGGCUUGCCCAGGCCCAUCCAUGAGAGCAUCCGAACCCUGAAGCUGCACAAGUACACAUCAAUCGCGGAGGUGCAAGUGCACAUGGAGGAAGAGUUCCUGCGUUCUCCGCUCUCUGGGGGGGAAGAAGAAGUGGAGCAAGUCCCUGCAGAGAUCCUAUACCAGGGCCUCCUGCCCAGCCUGCCACAGUACAUGAUCGCUCUGCUGAAGAUCCUCCUCGCUGCAGCCCCUACCUCCAAAGCCAAGACGGACUCCAUCAACAUCUUGGCAGACGUCUUGCCAGAGGAGAUGCCGACCACAGUGCUGCAGAGCAUGAAGCUGGGGGUGGAUGUCAAUCGCCACAAGGAGAUCAUCGUCAAAGCCAUUUCUGCUGUGCUGCUCCUCCUGCUCAAGCACUUCAAGCUCAAUCACAUCUACCAGUUUGAAUACAUGGCACAGCAUCUGGUCUUCGCCAACUGCAUCCCACUCAUCCUGAAGUUCUUCAAUCAGAACAUCAUGUCCUACAUCACUGCCAAGAACAGCAUUUCUGUCUUGGACUACCCAUACUGUGUUGUGCACGAGCUGCCGGAGCUGACAGCAGAGAGCCUGGAAGCUGGAGACAACAACCAGUUCUGCUGGAGAAACCUGUUCUCCUGCAUAAACCUCCUGCGCAUCCUGAACAAGCUGACCAAGUGGAAGCACUCCCGCACCAUGAUGCUGGUGGUGUUCAAGUCAGCGCCCAUCCUGAAGCGGGCGCUGAAGGUGAAGCAGGCCAUGAUGCAGCUCUACGUGCUGAAGCUGCUAAAGGUGCAGACCAAGUACCUGGGCCGGCAGUGGAGGAAGAGCAACAUGAAGACCAUGUCGGCCAUCUACCAGAAAGUGCGGCACCGUCUCAACGACGACUGGGCUUAUGGCAAUGACCUGGAUGCCCGUCCAUGGGACUUCCAGGCAGAGGAGUGCGCCCUGCGUGCCAGCAUCGAGCGCUUCAACUCGCGUCGCUACGACCGGGCACAUAGCAAUCCUGAUUUUCUACCUGUGGACAACUGCCUGCAGAGUGUGCUGGGCCAGCGUGUGGACCUGCCUGAGGACUUCCAGGUCAACUAUGACCUGUGGCUGGAGCGGGAGGUCUUCUCCCGACCCAUCUCUUGGGAGGAGCUGCUGCAGUGAUGGACGACAGGGAGGCAGGAGGGGGAUGCUUUUGGGGGAGAGCUGGAGGCCAACCUGCUGCUGAAUCGCAGGGGAGCAAGGCUUUGGAGGGUCUGUGGGUGCCUGGAUCCCCUGUGGCGGGCUUGGGAAGAGGUUGGAGCUGUGCGAUCCUUGCUGAGACGACUUCCUGCCCCUCUACCUCUUUCCAAGCUCAACCUCGAGCUAAGGGUGAAGGCACAGUGCCUGGUAGUUUCCUGAUGGGUGGGGAGGACCUGUGCGUGUCCCUGAUCGAUGCUUUGGGAGGCAGUACCGCCAUCAUCCUCCUCCUGCCCACAACCAGCUGGAGCCGAGAAGGGGGAGCAGGUGAAGGAGUGAGGCAAAACAGAGCAAAGGGCCUUUUCAGCACUCUACUGGACAUGGGGAGCAGAGGCUGCUGCGGCAGGAAAAGCAGCUGUGCCCCUGCCCAGCCCCUCCCUGGGGUCGGGG